GUAACAGCGCAAGUGUAUUCGGUCUUCAUCCAUCCCACUAAAAAAACCUGGCCGACGUGUCGCGCAGCCGCUAGCCCGCUAACACCGGGGAAAUAUAGUUUUAUCACCGGUAAAUAGAAGCGGAGAGCCAUGGGGGGAUCCCAGAGCGUAGAGAUUCCAGGAGGAGGAUCAGAGGGAUACCAUGUCCUUAGAGUCCAGGAGAAUUCGCCCGGCCACCGAGCAGGGCUGGAGCCAUUCUUUGACUUCAUCGUGUCCAUCAACAAUACAAGGCUGAACAAAGACAACGACACACUGAAGGACCUUCUGAAGGCUAACGUGGAGAAGCCAGUGAAGAUGCUGGUGUACAGCAGCAAGACACUGGAGCUGAGGGAGACCACCGUCACCCCUAGCAACAUGUGGGGAGGCCAGGGGCUGCUGGGCGUCAGCAUCCGUUUCUGCAGCUUCGAGGGAGCCAAUGAGAAUGUGUGGCAUGUCCUGGAAGUGGAACCAAAUUCUCCUGCCGCUUUAGCUGGUUUGAGGCCGCACACAGACUACAUCAUCGGAGCCGACACAGUCAUGAAUGAGUCUGAAGACCUGUUCUCCCUGAUCGAGACCCACGAGAGCAAGGGCCUGAAGCUCUACGUCUACAACACAGACACCGACAACUGCCGAGAGGUGGUCAUCACACCAAACAGUGCCUGGGGUGGAGAGGGCAGUCUGGGCUGUGGUAUAGGGUAUGGCUACCUGCACAGAAUCCCCACACGGCCCUUCGAAGAGGGCAAAAAGAUCAGCUUCCCGGGUCACGUCCCCACCGAACCAUCCAGCCCGCUGAAGGAUGGCUUGACAGAGGUGCAGCUCUCAGCAGUAAGCCCUCCUCCGGCCGCACCCACUGCCCCCACUGGCCUGGAGGAUGCCCUCUCAGGCCUGUCCCUCACCUCGGCCACACCCACCAUGCCCAGUGAACUGCACACAGGCGUGCCUACUGUACCCCUGCUGCCCACCCAGGUCCCUCCGUCCCUGGCCUCCAUGCCAGGGGUUAACCCUGCCACCACGCUACCAGGUCUUAUGCCAUUACCUGCAGGCCUGCCACCUCUCCCCAACCUACCCAACCUGCCCAACCUGAACUUCCCGUUACCAGACCUGAGCGCCGUCUCACUAUCGGGCAUCAGUGGCCUCCCAACUACCACUGGUCUACCCCCUCUGGCUGCUCUUGCCCCUCUGCCCCCUCUAAACCUACCUGGCAUGGCCCCUCUAUCCAUGCCCACCAUGAUGCCCACCAUGUUGCCCACCUCCCUGUCCUCCACAUUACCAAGUAUGCCUGCCAUCGGCCUGCCGCCCGUCUCCAUAGCAACUGAGCAGACUCCUUCCCUGAUCCUGGAUGCCAUUCCAGCAGCCAGUGCCCUCGCAGCAAGUCCGGCUCCAGAGGUUACCAGGACAACCGAGGCCGCUGCCCCAGCCCUUUCCCCAAUAUCCACGGAGACGGCAGCUACGGCGACAACAGAAGAUGCUCAACCGGCUGCAGAAUCAUCGUAACAAAGUGCUGUUUUUGUUUUGUUUGUUUCACUAUUCCAUCUUUUUCUUUCGGUUAUGCGCGCGCUCUGUCUCUCUCUCUCUCUCUCUCUUUCUCUCUCUCUCCUCUCACAAGGCAACUGGUCUCUCAUUCUCCAUUUCAUCUCUCUGUCUCAUCAGUCUCUCUCUCUCUCUCUCUCUCUCUCUCUCUCUCCAUCUUUCCAGCAGUUUCUUUGUUACAUUCUCUCAUUCUCUCAAAUGUAUUUAUUUGGCCCCGGAAAAGUAGUGGGCUUCAGACACUCAGAGAGAGAGACUGGCCCAGCUGCUGGAGGCAAGCAGCGCUCGCUGAAGGACGCAUGGAUGAGUUGUAGGAUUCAUGAGUGGACAGCCUCCUUAUAAGUGACCCGCACAGCCUUGAUGUCUCCCCUGUUAACUGUGCCCCCCUCACAUGAUAUUUCUGUCUGGCUUUGUCAUUAAUCUUUUUUUUAUAAAUUGCUUUGGAAUUGAUCAUUAUCUCUAUGUAAUUUUAGUUAUGCCUCGUGAUUGUAUUUUUUUUCUUUUUCUCAGAGAAUCAUGAUAUUGCAUUUUUGCACCAUAUUUGUAAUUAAUUUAGUUCUGAUUUUUCAUAUAAUUAUCCUCGUGCACAGUCCGUCGAGACACUCCAUUCCCACGUUACAGAAGCGGGCGCACGGAGUUGUCGCACGGUAAUUCCUUGGAGAAUGAUUCACACGCUGACGGGCCGCUGGGGUGCUGGCGCGAGGAAGCGCCUGGGUUGGAGGGGAGAGAAAUGUAAAAAUGGUUCUUUUCCCGUUCACGCGAGCAAUAAACUACACGGGAUUUUACACGAAA